AUGACGAUCAGCCAGGAAGGGAUCCGAGCGUACCAGGCCGAGCACGUGACGCUCACGCUGCCAGACGGGAAGACCCUGGACGACAUCGCCUGGUUCUCGGUUUGGUGCGAGGAAUUCGGCGUGAACUUCGGAGACAUCAGGGUCCCGAGCAAUCUGGAUUACCCCAAGCCGAAGAAGAUCGGGGCGCUGCCCACUCUGGAGCACGGCGUCUCGUCGGAUCGGAUCGUCGUCGUCGACGCCCAGACUUUUCUCAUCCCGAACUUCAGAUACGACGGUUCGGCCCCGGAUGCGUUUUUCUGGGUCGGGCGAGGGAAGGCCGGGGACAAUGGGAUCAAAGUCCCGGAUGAGAACGGUGGAGAAGAGCCAUUGAAGGCCUAUAACGGGAAGACCAUCGUCCUCACAUUGCCUGGGGAUUUGACCGUCCACGACAUCGAUUACUUGAGUGUCUGGUGCAAGGAAUUCUCGGUGGAUUUCGGCUCCACUCCCGUCCCGAGGAACCUGAACGUCCCGCCCUCCUUGAAGAUGCUCGGAGUUGCUCCUCAGAGCAAGUUGAACUGCGAAGUGCUACGAGAUGACCUCGCCUUGGAAGUUCGAUGGGCCGUUGCUGGCGAGAGUAUCGUCAUUCAACUCGUCGGCCGACUCGAGGAUCGCCAGUAUGUGGCAUUCGGGUUGAGUGGAGCCAACAGUCGAAGCCGUAUGGUGGGUGGAGACGUCGUCGUUGCGUACAUGGACAGUGGAAGCCGAAAAGGUGUGGCCGAGGAUUAUUACCUGGGUGCGAAGGCUCAAUGUGCCGGUUCCAGUGGAUCCUGUCCUGACGAUAUCAUCGAAUCGGGCACGGGAAGCGUGCGUCUGUUGAACACAGCCGUCGUGAAUGGAUUCACGAUGAUCACGUACCAGAGGCCGUUGAAGGCAUCGGAUGAAUAUGAUGUUGCCAUCACGCCGGAUCGGGAACAGGCAGUCAUCUGGGCAGUGGGACGGAUCAACAACCAAAGGACCGUUUCUUAUCACAACGACCUCCGCAAUACAGAGCCACUACUGAUAAAGUUCGGACGGCAGCCGGAAUGGAAUUGCCCGAUCCCAGAGGAAGAUUCAUCCGGGAACGUGAACCUCGGAGGAGAACAUCGUAGAACUCAGUCUUCUUCUUCUUCUUCCUCUUCCUCGUCUCGGGUCCAACAGUCUCAGCAAAAGCAGCAGCAACAUCAGCAGCAGCUGCAGCAGCAACUGCAACAGCAGCAGCAUCAGCAACAACAACAGCAGCAGCAACAGCAGCAGCAGCAGAAGACAGUUCAAGAGCCGAUAACUCCAUGGUUCAUCCCUCCCAUUCCCUGCUAUGAACCCGAAGAUGGCGUUUUUUAUGCUCAUACCGGCCCCAGUGGCGGAAAGGCAGGAUACGAGGCUAUCACAGGUCACGUCGGGUGGGGGAUCUCAUGGUACAUCAACGGACUUCUCAUCCCCGAGAUCACGGUCGUGAGGGGGAAGAGCUACACGUUCGUUGUCGAAGGGGGUGAUAAUUCUGAGAAUCCCGCCAAAUUCCAUCCCUUCUACAUCACCGAUGAUCCAGAAGGCGGUUUCCAGCACAAGUCACCCCAACAGAGACGGCAAGUAGCAGUGUAUGCCGGAGUGGGUGUGGACAGAAAUGGGAAUCCGUUCCCGACUGGGUUCGGUCGAUCCUGCGAGUGGACGGCGGAUCCUUCUAAACCCGCGACUAACUUCAAAUCUUUCGGCGCCUUCCAGAGGACAUUGAAGCUUCAGUGCGCCGACGGCCAGCCGGGGAUCGUCCAAUGGACUCCAGAUGCCAACACUCCCGACCUUGUCUACUAUCAGUGUUACACUCACCGCCAUCUGGGCUGGAAGAUCCACGUGGUGGACUCCUGCGACUUUGAUCGGUCCUUCGCCGGGAGUGUCGUCCAUGAAGUGAACUCUUCCAAAUCUCAGAAUGCAAUCGGCAAAGGCGUUCCAGGAAAACACGAAGACGACUACGAUUACGACUACGAAGAUGAUCCCUACGUGGAUGAGGUCCUUCCACAGGGAGUCCCCCUACCUACCAGAGGUGGAAAUUUGCCUCGUCCUGGACCAGGAAAGGAGAAAGAAAGUACAGGUGGGAAACAAUCCACCUUCCCCCGUCGCCCACCUCCUCCUCCACCACAGCCUGGCAGACGACGACCCAGACCCCCACCACUACAUCCGGGCCCCCCUACCAGCUUCCGGGAAAAUUUUGAAUUUGGAGCUCCAUUUGAAAGUUUUCCGAAUUUUCCAGAUGUUGCCUUCGACGUAAAGGAUGUGGACUACGGGGAGGACUCACCAGAUUAUGCCAAUGAUCAGCCGGUUGAGAAGGAACCCAGUACUGGGAAGGAAUCUGUGAAGGAUGGAGUGGUUGUGAUCGAGGCUGUCCCUGUCAGCCCUGGACCUGAGGAUUUGGAACCAAAACGACCAGGACCUCAACAACAGUCAUCUCAACCGCCUCAACAACCUCAGCAGUCGCACCAACCUCUGCACCCUCAACAGCCUCAGCAGAAACAGCGUCCUGGAAGACUGCCACCUCAACCUCUGCCUCCCCCACCCGGUGGAUUUCCACCCAGAAGACACCAUCCAGGGCCUCCUCGACCUUUCCCAGGGAACAGAAGACCCUUGGUCCCCCCUCACCUGGUUCCACUUCCUCCCAGACCUGGGUUCAAUCGGGAAAAUGAACAGUCAGAGGUCAAUCCUAAUCUAGAUCCUCUCCAGAAUAGUGGAUUCGAUCCGUCUACCAUUGUGGUGGAAAGCGGGUUUCGUCCCAUCCGAAAGAAGACAGACCCGAUCCCUCCAGCAUUUGAAGUACCGUCUAAAAAAGAUAAAAAUCAGAUUGUAGAGCAGGAAUCACGGGUCCAGCCCAAUAAGAAUCCUUUUCAAGGACAACAACCGGAAGAAUUCAAUCCGGUAUUUCGUCCCUCGCAAGUAGAUUUUGGUGGGUUUGAUGUACCAGAGAAGGAGGAGCCGGGAUUGGGGAUCCCUCAAGGAGUCAACCUUCCAAAUGCCAAGGCUCCUGUAAUUCCUCGACCCCCGAAUGGUCAACUCUCUCCACCUCAGCCUGUCCGGCCCAUCAAAGACGCGAUUCAAGACAUCGACGACGAAGAAGAAGGAAACGUGGUGUUCUUGGAUGAAAAUGAAGAAGUGGGGAGGCCAGGGCCAGGAGGUCGACGACCACCACCUUCGAGGCAGCCCUUUCGCCCUCCGCCCCCAGGUCCGCCCCCCCGUACCCCGAAUCUGCCACCUCUGCUAGCCCAACGCCCUGCACCCCCGAAUGCCCGACCGCUUCGUGUUGGACCUCCAACUCUGGGACCCCAAGGAAGGCCACUCCGUCCAGGUCCAGGCCCAAAUCAAGGAAAUCCCGGACUCCGACAACCUCAGCCCAAUCGACGAUUCCAACAUCCUCAGGGCCCUCGUCCCCAGUUCAUAGCCAAUGACAGGAGCGACACAGUCGAGGAUCCUGUGUUUGCCCAGGAGUUAUAUCCCGAGACGGGAGAUAAAGAUCAUGUCCCUCCAAGGGAGAAGAGCGACGGUGUACACGUGAAGAGCCCCGAGAAUUUUGAUAAUCCUCGCGUGCAAUUGGUAGGACCAUUCAUGCCUCCACCGCCUCAAUUCCCAGGAGGUAGUGGAAGACCCCGACCUAUUCAGAGGAGACCCAUCAAUCGAAUCCAGGUCCCAUUUCGACGCCCUCCGUUCAACGUUCCAACCCCUCAAGUAUUCCCUCAGAGACCUGUAAAUCUCCGGCCUCCGAUCGUCUCUCAGUCUUCUCAUUCCGAGUUACCAGUCGUCGACUUGAAGGAAUUGAGAGCGGAAGAGGACAAGAGAUUGUCGCCGGAAGAAGGAAAAGAAUGGAGCCCGACAUCUGCCCCACCGACAGAAUCGGCUGAAAGGCUGGAUGCCCCCACGUUCCCCAGCUUCACGGCUACAGAUCUAGAGAUGCGAACCCCAACGCCGAGUGAAGGCGACGAUUUCUCCAUCCUCAAUAAUGUCUGGUCCCUCAUCGAGACCCACAGUCAACAAAGCAACCCAGAGGAAGGUCGGGUGAGAUUUCAGGGGAGAUCCCCAAGGAAUGAUCACCUUGUGAAGAGAAGUGCCGAUCAUGACGAUGACGAUCACGGUCACGAUCACGACCACGAUGAUCACAAUGCAGCCUCCAGGCUCUCGUUGACCGUCGUGAGCUUCAUCCCAAUCUUCUUCUUCCUAAAGGCUUGGCCAUGAAUCGAACUAGAGAAGACGAGUAAAUGAGGAAAGUUACCACACUCGGUCGUGCAAUGUUCCCCCUGUUUCACGCAGGGAUUCUGAUUUGUUGUGGAGAAACUGCGACCAAGCCUAUGCCUGGGAGUAGAACUCCCUUCCGCAGUAUCUCAUGUGAUAUAUCUCGUUUUUAAUUUUUUUUUAUACAUUGUUUGACGUUGGCCUGUUAAUCAUUUCUAAUUGAUUGUGACGCUUUUGAUGUUGGCCAAGGGAGGA